CUUCAGCAAUAUAUACAACCCUAACUCACUCUCCUCAGCACCUCCCAUAACUUCCUCUCUUUCCAAUCUUCACUCUCUAAAAUCUUCUUCAAGGCAGUAAAUGACAGUCAAAUUGAUUACCCCUUCGAUUUCAGCCAUGUGAUUUAAUUUUUGCUUUUGAGAAUAAUCUAGGGUUUCUUCAGCUCUUUUUAUUUAAAAUCUUUUUCAAAUUUUUUUCCCGAGGCUCCUGAAUAAUGGCUGACGGGUUCGAAGAUGAAGUUGAGCCAACGAUUUCAAUCGGCGAGUACCUCGAGGGCGUCGAGGAACAGGAGCUAGAAGCAGAUUUGGUCCUGGGUGGUGAUGAGGGGAAAGAAUGCACAUACAACAAAGGUUAUCUGAAGAGGCAGGCCAUAUUCUCUUGCUUGACAUGCACACCAGAUGGGAAUGCUGGGGUUUGCACAGCCUGUAGUUUGUCCUGCCAUGAUGGCCAUGAGAUUGCGGAACUUUGGACCAAGAGGAAUUUUAGGUGUGACUGUGGAAAUUCAAAAUUUGGAGAGGCCUAUUGUAAGCUAUUUCCCAACAAAGAUGUGGAGAAUUUGGAGAAUUCUUACAAUCAUAAUUUCAAAGGUUUAUAUUGCACGUGCAAUCGCCCCUACCCUGAUCCAGAUGCUGAAGAACAGGUAGAGAUGAUUCAGUGCUGCAUAUGUGAGGACUGGUUUCAUGAGGAGCAUCUUGGUCUUGAACCUUCUGAUGAGAUACCAAGGGAUGAAGAGGGGGAGCCUUUGUAUGAGGACCUAAUAUGUCAGGCUUGCUCGAACAUUUGCUUCUUUCUGACUCUUUAUCCUCAAACUAUUAGGGUCACAGUCAGGCAACCGCAUGUAGCAAAUUCUGCCAAGGAUAAAGAAGUCAUUGAAAAUGCUCCUUCAUGUUUUGCAUCAUCAGAGAAGCAACAUGGAGAUUGUUCAGCUGACACUUCUACUGGAGAUUCCACUUCUGGAGCUGUCUCUGUUGGGAAGGGUAUUCUCAUAGGACAAAUUAAAGCCAACACUGCAGUUGUGCUGGAACGCAGUCAAACUGCAGGCCCAAGUAAGACAUGUAUUAUUGGGACAAAUCUGCUUGAAGCAGCACCAAAACCGGCGAAAAGCAAAGCAAUGUUAUUUUGUAAAAACUGGAGAGAAGUUCUCUGCACAUGUGAAAAUUGUUUAGACUUCUACUCUCAGAAAAGAAUUAGCUUCUUGCUUGACAGAGAGGAUUCAAUCGCUGAAUAUGAGAAAAUAGGAAAGCAGAAGAGGGACGAAAAGCUGCAGCAACAACAGGGUCAGGAAUUGAGUUUCCUCAGUAAGCUUGGCCAUGUUGAGAAAAUGGAGAUUUUGAGUGGCAUUGCCGACAUGAAAAAUGAGAUUCAUUCUUUCCUGGAGUCUUUUGACGCAUCAAAACCGAUCACAGCUGAUGAUGUUCACCAGGUCUUUGAGAAUCUUGCCAAAAAACGUAGGCGUAUGCCGUAAUCUGCAAAGUGGAUCUUUGUUGCAAUUUGCACAACUUGCUUUGCUUGUGACCAAAUUGUGGGCUUGUCCAGCAAGGUUGCAAACGGCAACUCUUUAUAUGAGAUUUGACUUGCUCUUGCUGGUCUGUGGUAAUGGAAUGUAAACUUAAAGAUUUGUGUAAUUAUUGACAUUGAAGUCCCUUUACUUCUGUCUGUUGCACUGGGUGCCUUGUAGCAUAUUCUGUGUUGAUUAGGUUAAAACUGUGAUAUUAGGAGGAGUUUUCAGCUCGCCUUUUCUGAGAGAGCAAACGCUUCGGUUCUGUUUUCAACUCUUCUUGGACCACUCAAUGCUAUUGUAUAUACAUCAGGACCAGGAGUUUAAUGUGGCA